AUUUCCUUUAACACCGUAUACUUCCGACUGUUAGAUUCCUCGAGAUUCUACUGUUGUAAAUCGAAAUGUCGAGUCGGCACCACAACCAGUUACCAAAUAAUUUACCACAGUUACAGAAUUUGAUUAAACGAGAUCCACAAUCGUACUGUGAUGAGUUUUUGCAACAACACCAGCACUUCCUUUCAACUUUGGAAAUUUUUCAACUUAAACCCAGUCAGUACUCCAAAAGUUUGGAUGAAAUGAUCAUGUUUCUAGCACAGGUAGCACUUUGUUAUGCAGAGCAUCUGAUUGAUUUCCCCCAGCAACUUAAAGAACUUCUUUUGAGACAUUCUACGGUAUUGGACCCUACUAUAAGAAUGUCCCUUUGCCGUGCUCUGAUUCUUUUAAGGAAUAAAGGUUUGAUAUCAGGUGUAGAUCUGUUGCAACUGUUUUUCCAACUCUUCAUCUGCUCAGAUAAACUUCUUCGACAAACCCUUUAUUCGUAUGUUGUAUCAGAUAUUUACAAGGUAAAUGCCAAGCAUAAAAAUGGCAAAUUGAACAGGACUUUGCAAAAUUUCAUGUAUGACAUGCUGAAGGAUAGCAAUGCAAUCGCAGCUAAAAAGUCUCUGGAUGUUAUGGUUGAGCUGUAUCGAAGAAACACAUGGAAAGAUGCCAAAACAGUCAAUGUUAUCAGCACAGCUUGUUUCUCAAAAGUUACCAAGAUAAUGGUAGCUGCCUUGAAGUUCUUUUUGAGUAUUGACCCAACUAAUGACAGUGAGAGCGAGAGUGAGGAAGAGCCCCGACAAAAAGAUGUGACAAAGAUUCUGUUAUUUGCUGCCCAGGCUAGCCAUGAUCUUGUCCCUCCUGAUGUUAUAGAGAAUAUCAUUAAAACUAUUGCCUACAACUUCAUAACAGAAAGAAAUUCUGCUGAUGCCAUUGCUGUUGGUUUAAAUGCAGUGAAAGAGAUUAUUUCUCGUUGUCCAUUGGCAUUGACUGAAGAGCUUAUACAAGAUUUAGCUCAGUACAAGUCCAAUCGAGAAAGAGCUGUCUCCAUGGCAAGUCGAGGAUUAAUCCAAGUUGUGAAGCAGAUCAAUCCCAAUAUACUGCACAAGAAAGACAGAGGCCGAUUGACUGAAGCUAUGCAAGAAGCAGAACUGCCAUCCUAUGGAGACACUCAAGCCAAAAGUUACCUGCCAGGUGCAGAGGUUUUGCUUGAAGAAUUAGACAGUUCAAAAGUAACAGAAGAUGGCAAAACAGAUGCUAAGGGCAUGGCAGAAACGACUACAACAGAUGAGGGAAAAAAACAAACAGAAAAUAGUGAUGAUGAUGACGAUGGUGGUGAUGAUAAUGAUGACGAGGAGGAAGAAGCAGUUGAUGAUGAAGACAGUGACAAUGAUGGUUGGGAAAGUUGUAGUAGUGAAGGAAUUGAAGAUGAAAGUGGAGAAUGGGUUGAUAUGAAUGAAACGGCAAAAGAAGAAGACUCAACUAAAUCUGAGGUUCCAAAAGAAACCAAGACUAAACAGAAGAAAGUAAAAUAUUCAAAAACAAAGGUUUUGGUCAAGCAGGAACUGGAAGAGAAGAAACAAUCUGCUUUGCAAAUAUCAGAUCAAAGGAUUUUUACAGAGACCGACUUUGAGAAGAUCAACCAUGCUUUGGUGAAGAAGCAGUUGGAUCCUGUACAGAAACACAAGAGGAAGCGUGCUGAUGAAGCGCUUGAAAAAGAACUUGGUCCAAGAAAAGAAAUUCUUGAUCUCUCCUUGAUAGAGAUGAUUCAUAAGAAAAGAAAGCACGACAAAGAAGCUCGUCUAGCCACAGUGAAAGCUGGAAAGACCGAGAGAGAACAAUUUGGUAAAGCACGUCCGAAACGAAACCCCAAUGCCAGUUCAACUAACAAGGAAAAGAAGAGAAACAAGAACUUCAUGAUGGUUAAACACAAACUUUUAGGCAAGAAAAACAAGCGUUCUUUCAGGGAAAAACAGGUGGCUUUAAGAGAUGCUUUAUUGAAGAAACAGAGGACAAUGAGAAAAUAAAUGUCUAUAUUUUUAAUAAACAUAUAAAGAAAA